CAUGUGGUAUAACUGUAUUUACUAUGUAUGCUGUUUGUAUUUAUCCUUUGUUAGUGUUGUGAUCUUUACCUUAUGAUUUGUGCGCAUGUCUUAUGUUGUCUCGUGUUGAUAAAGCUACAUUGGUACCUGUCUAAUCCCUAAUUCUACAUGGUGUCAGAAGUGGGAUCCCCUCUCUAAAGAUGGCAGGAAGCUUACUACAACCCCCAAAUGCAUUUAGUUUCGAUAAACCAGAAGAAUGGAGUCGCUGGAAAGGAAGGUUCCAACAGUAUCGCAUUGCCUCUGGUCUUUCCACGGAAUCAGGCGAAAGACAGGUCAGUACCCUACUUUACUGUAUGGGAGAAGCGUCAGAAGACAUCCUGAACAUGUCAGGAAUAUCCAAUGAAGAUAAAAAAGUUUUCGACAGCGUCAUCGCGAGAUAUGAUGCCCAUUUCAAGGUUCGAAAGAACGUAAUCUUCGAAAGAGCGUGUUUUAACAGACGUCAACAAGAAAAGGGAGAAUCGAUUGAACUUUUUAUUACUUCCCUACACCAAGCCGCCGACAACUGCGAGUACGGCGCGAUCAAAGAUGAGAUGAUACGGGACCGCCUCGUCGUAGGUAUUCAAGACCAAUCCCUUUCAGAGCGACUACAGAUGGAGGCAGACCUCACAUUGGAGAAAGCAAAGAAACUUGUGCGACAGCGAGAAGCAGUAAAACAACAAGCAGCCCACCUAAAGGGCACUGCCAGUGACCAAUCUGGAUUAGAAGAAGUAAAAACUCGUUACAUACCCAAGAACAAACGAUUCACUAAACCACAGAGCAAAGCACAAACGUGUCAACGAUGUGGAAAAAGUCCUCAUUCAUUUCAACGCUGUCCAGCUAGAGAUGCUGUAUGUUUCAAAUGUGACCGAAAGGGACACUAUGGCUCCCAAUGCCUUUCUAAGGGUGUUGCCGAGAUUACAGAGAACAUGAGCGUACGAGACCCCGACCCCGACAGCGACGAGUUCUACCUAGAUUCUGCACAAACAGGGGAAACAGGAAAAGCAUGGAAGCUCCAGGUGACAGUUAACAGUCUACCAGUGACUUUUAAGGUGGACACAGGUGCCGAAGUCACCGCAGUAUCGGAAAACACCUGGAAAUCAAUGCCACAGACCCCUACCCUCCAAAAAGCCACGAAAACACUCUGCGGACCAGAUUGCAAACCACUCACUCUGCUAGGAGAAACAGAAGUCCAUCUUCAAGUGCAGCAAAGAAAAUGCACUCAAAAAAUUUUCGUUGUGGAAAACCUCCGAAAUAACUUACUCGGCCUCCCAGCGAUUAGAGCACUACAAGUACUCGAACAAGUGGGAGAAAUCCAAGAUGAUUCAGUGGUCCAGCAGUAUCCCGAGAUCUUUAAAGGACUUGGAACUUUUAAAACAGACUGUACGAUACGCCUGAAACCCGAUGCCACCCCGUUUGCCAUAUACGUCCCACGACGUGUGGCACUGCCACAACGCCCUGAAGUCGAAAAGGAGCUACAACGAAUGCAACAACUGGGUGUAAUCUCUAAAGUCAGUGAGCCAACACCAUGGUGUGCGGGAAUGGUCAUUGUUACCAAGCCGUCAGGAAAACUCCGUGUAUGUGUCGACCUAAAACCAUUAAAUGAAAACGUGAUGAGAGAAGUACACCCACUACCUAAAGUUGAUUCCACCCUUGCCCAAAUGGCAGGGGCCAAAGUGUUCACCAAGUUAGACACAAAUAGCGGUUUUUGGCAAGUCCCAUUGUCACAAGAGUCCAGGCUCCUUACUACGUUCCUUACACCAAUUGGCCGAUUUUGCUUCAAUAAGCUACCCUUCGGCAUCAACAGUGCCCCAGAGCAUUUCCAGCGGAAAAUGAACGAGCUUCUAGCUGACAUUCCAGGAGUCCUUGUCCACGUCGACGACAUCCUGAUAUUUGCUGCCACCAGGGACGUGCAUGACCAAAGACUACACGAGGUCCUUAAACGGAUACAAAACGAAGGGCUCACCCUCAACAAAGCCAAAUGUAAAUUCCACCAAUCCAGGAUCGAAUACCUAGGACACAUCAUCGAUAGCGAGGGCAUAUCUCCUGACCCUACAGUGCAACAACCAAAGAGAGUAGAUUUUUUUUUUUGGUACACAUUUUUUACAUUUUGUGGCAUAUCUUCUAAAGUAAAAAUGAUAUGAUCUAUU